AGUACAUGGUUUCUGGCCCUAAACACAUCAGCCUGGCUAACAGCAUGCACAACAACAAAUUCAAUGGACAAAACCAUCCCUGGAGGUAUCAACAUCAGCAUCCUGACACCAAACUUGAUAAUUAUCAUUUUCGGACUGGUCAGGAUGACAGGAAAUGCAAUUGUGUUCUGGCUCCUUGCUUCCUUGUGCAGGAAUGCCUUUACAGUCUACAUCCUGAACUUAGCCCUGGCUGAUUUCUUCUUCCUCCUAGGUCACAUCAUAGAUUCCACACUGGUGCUUCUCAAUGUUUUCUCCCCCAUUAUCUUUCUCUUGUGCUUUUACACCAUCAUGAUGGUUCUCUAUAUCGCAGGUCUGAGCAUGAUCAGUGCCAUCAGCACUGAGCACUACCUGUCUGUAUUGUGCCCCAUCUGGUAUUGCUGUAACCACCCAGAACACACAUCAACUGUCAUGUGUGCUGUGAUCUGGGUCCUGUCCCUGUUCAUCUGCAUUCCGAAUAGUUAUUUCUGUGGAUUCUUAAAUACCAAAUAUAAAAAUGACAAUGGGUGUCUGGCAUUGAACUUCUUUACUGCUGCAUACCUGAUAAUUUGGUUUGUGGUUCUCUGUCUGUCCAGCCUGGCUCUGCUGGCCAGGUUGUUCUGUGGCUCUGGGCAGAUGAAACUUACCAGAUUGUACGUGACCAUCAUGCUGACCGUUUUGGUUUUUCUCCUUUGUGGGUUGCCCUUUGGAAUCCACUGGUUCCUGAUAUUUAAGAUUAAGGAUGAUUUUCAUGUAUUAGAUCUUGGAUUUUAUCUGGCAUCACUUAUCCUGACUGCUAUUAACAGCUGUGCCAACCCCAUCAUUUACUUCUUCGUGGGCUCCUUCAGGCAUUGGUUGAAGCACCAGACCCUUAAAAUGGUUCUCCAGAGGGCACUGCAGGACACUCCUGAGACAGCUGAAAACAUGGUGGAGAUGUCAAGAAGCAAAGCAGAGCUGUGA